UUACUAAUAAAUCUUUUCUGCAGAUGUUACCAAGGGCCUCGGUGCCGACCUGAACUUCAAGCUGGGUCAGCCCUUUAAGCCUAACGAACAACUCAUGGGUGUGUUGCCGGACCGAAGCAAAAAAAUUGUGCCAACAGUUUACCACGACCUAAUGACCAAUUCAAAAUCUCCAAUUAUUGACUUCUAUCCACGAGAUUUCGAAUUGGAUAUGAACGGCAAAAAGAUGGAGUGGGAAGCAGUGGUCAAAAUCCCAUUCAUUGACGAAGCGCGUCUUCUCGCUGCCAUGGCGCCCCAAAAUGAGCUUCUUAGCGACGACGAAAAGGCACGAAACGGCUUUGGAGUUCCCCUUAAAUUCACAUACUCUCCCGAAGUCAACUUCACUUAUCCUUCUCCACUUCCUGGGAUCUUCCCGGAGAUACAGUAUUGUCAUUGCAUUGAGAAUAUCUUUGAUCUGCCAAACAUUGAGGGGCUCGAAUACGUCUCGGGACUGACGAACGGAGCUUUGGUGAAUAUCAAGGCUCUUGCUGGAUUCCCAACUCUACAUACACUGCCACAUUCGGCACAGCUAGUAGAAGGAUAUGGAGUCAAUGUUUUCCAGCAAGACAGCAGAAACCCAAGUGUCAUCGUGACCCUUACCGAUACGGAGAUGCGGACAAAGGUUGAAACUUGGAAGAAGAAGCUAGGUCAGCGCUGCUUCGUUGGCUAUCCAUUCAUCCAAGAAGCCAAAAUUAUCAAGGUGCAGGAUGAGCUAUUUACCUACGAGCUGGCUGAAGAUGAAGAAACUGUUGUUACAAAAGAUCAUGGCAACAGAGAAGCUUCCGAUUUUGCAAAGGAGGCAGAAUUCUUAGAGAAUUGGCAUGCCAAACGCCUGGGAAUCACGGUCGGCCAGAUUGAAUGCCUUGUUCACGUUCAUAUGCUCAAGGGUCUCAUCAAAACGGAAGAGGGUGCUCUAAUCAAGGAGUACGCUGAAAACCCCAGCUUGCGCAAGGUAUAUGCGUCUCAAACCAUUGUGGAAGAAGUAGUCAAUGAAGACGAACGUUUCAUCGAGAGAUCAGCCAUGCCGAUUGAAGAAGAAUUCCCUCAAGGCACACGAGCUUUCUUUUUGGGUGAAUUUGCUUACGGUCGCCCCCUGGAGGUGACUGGACAUGUGAAUGGCAAGGCAAAUAUUGUGGUCUUGGUUCCCAAAAACAAGGAGCCGGAAAUCACGAAGAAGAUCAUCUACCAAGCAGAACGCUCUAACCCAUAUACGCCCUCUUUCGCGAUCGCCAAACAGCUAGGCGUCCAUCCUCUCAUCCUCAGCAAGAUAACGUCGUCUUUCCAAGUUAUUAGUGCUGCUGGGCUGAAGCUGAAUCUGGGCCUCAAUUUGAAAUUUGAGGGUCGAAAGCUCAAGGUGUUGGGGUACUCACGCAAGUCGGAGACGGGGUGGGAAUUCUCCAACUUGGCUGUGAAGCUUAUUGCUGAUUACAUGGUCGCAUUCCCCGACUUCUUCGCGGCAAUUCAGAAAGAACCGCAAAGAAGCGAGACUUCCGAGAGAGACCUGUGGAGCGACCCAAGCGUUGCUUCGCAGCGGGUCAAAGACAUAGUAGCGUGGCUAAAGAAACAAGAGACGAGCAAAUUUGAACGAGUCCCCCUCGACGCUGAGCAGCUCGAUUCGGGAAUUGUCAUGGCUCUGGCUACGGCUGGAGAACAAUUGCACCAAGCGAGCUUGGAGGCGACUGCCAAGCCCCUCAGCUCUGUGCCUCGUACAGCCUUGUUGAAGCCGGCGGAUGCGGAGAUGGUGCUAGGCAACCAAACUUUCAAGCUAGGAGAUCGAGUUACUUUCGUUGCCGCUGCCGGUAAAGUCCCAAUUGGAACUCGGGGAACUGUUGCCGGUAUUUCUCGCACAGCAACUGCUGUUCUCCUGGACGUCGUGUGGGACACCUCCUUUAUGAGUGGCACGACUCUGGGUGAGAGAGCUCCAAUGUUCCGUGGGCAGACCGUUUCAUCGUCGACAGUGCUGAAUACUUCAAACUGGCAGGUCGUCUCUGCAUCAUCAAAAUCGCGACAAAGAAAAUCUGUUCCGGCCACGGGAUCGGUUGGAUCGUACGGUUCAGUCGGUGUUACGCAGUAUAAGGACGCACCAGCUCCUCCCCCUCUCCGAGGCGGAUGGCGCGGAGCUGCUUCAGGCGAUUCAGCUUCAUCGGGCCGUGGGCGGAAUAGCCCUGGUCGCGGCGCCCGAGGAGGUAAACCAAAUCUACUGCACAGCACACUUGUUUACCGGCCGGGCCAACAAGGGGGUAACCAAAGCGGCGACAAUGCGAACAAUGCCCCCAAUGGAAACCACGCCCCGAAUGGAAACGUAAAUGGAAGAGGAGGAAGUGGCAGAGGCCAAGGGCGUGGCCGAGGCAAUGGCGGCAGCAGAGGCUCGCUUGCUCCCCAAACUGGACCUGGACGGGGCCAACCAGGCCUCUAUGGCAACGUGCCGCCUCCUGCUAACCUUGAGACGUCGCGAGGCGGGCGUGGUCGUGGUCGAGGAGGAAGGGGACGUGGUGGGCCCAAUCCCAAUCGUGGCCGUGGGGGUGCUGCCGCCCAGCAAGCAUAGAAGCUACACGGCUAUUGAUGUUCGAGUGGGUGAAAAGUAGGUGGAGGUUUAAGGGCGUUGGAAUACCCUGUGAUUGGCUUAUGUAGCUACGACGCAAAUUUUCGUAGUACGAGCCAUAUGUGGCGUGUCAUUAUAGGAGAAGCUGAUUAUCUAG